GGGCGGGGCCUCAGCGGCCGGGCGCGCGCCAGGCAUGCUGGGAGUUGCUAUGUGCGCUUGGCUGCCGUAGGUAAACCAGAGCUGAGAAGGCGGUGAACAUCCUGGGUUCUCACUGUCGUCGACGGCUGCCUUUGCCCGAUUUAGGCAGGCUUUACUGCGGGAGUUGUUUUCUCCAGAUGAUUCAAGGAGAAAUUUUGUGGGGCAAUGGACCAUGUCACCAGACAGAAGAAACUGGCAAGUUUGAGAAUGGCAGGAGUUUGAACUGGCUCCCAACCAGGUUCCUGUACUAGAGCACGUGACCACUACACCCCACUAAGAGGACCAUGACAACUGCUCAUGGAGCAUAAAAAUCUCUCCAUACUAAUGAGGAUUUGAGUUAAUCAAAAUGAGCAAUCGUAAAACCAAGAAUACCAUACAUGCAGAGUGUCUUUCACAGGUACAAAGAAUUUUACGUGAAAGAUUUUGUCAUCACAGUCCACAUAGCAACCUGUUUGGAGUGCAAGUACAAUACAAGCAUUUGAUUGAGCUACUCAAAAGAACUGCUAUCUAUGGAGAAAGUAAUUCUGUGCUCAUUGUUGGACCACGAGGAUCAGGAAAGACUAUGUUAUUAAAUCAUGCUUUGAAAGAAUUCAUGGAAAUAGGAGAAGUAAGUGAAAAUGUGUUGCAAGUUCACUUAAAUGGACUGCUGCAGACAAACGAAAAAAUUGCUCUGAAAGAGAUCACAAGACAAUUAAAUCUAGAAAAUGUAGUUGGAGAUAAAGUUUUUGGAAGCUUUGCGGAAAACCUUUCAUUUCUUCUGGAAGCUUUGCAAAAAGGUGACCGGACUAGCAGUUGCCCAGUGAUUUUCAUACUGGAUGAAUUUGAUCUUUUUGCUCAUCAGAAAAACCAAACACUCCUUUAUAAUCUUUUUGACAUUUCUCAAUCUGCACAGACACCAGUAGCAGUUAUUGGCCUUACAUGUAGAUUGGAUAUUUUGGAACUCUUAGAAAAGAGAGUGAAGUCAAGAUUCUCUCACCGGCAGAUACAUUUAAUGAAUUCAUUUGAUUUUCCACAAUAUUUGAAAAUAUUUAAAGAACAAUUAUCUCUACCUGCAGAAUUCCCAGAUAAGGUUUUUGCUGAGAGAUGGAAUGAGAAUGUUCACUGUCUCUCUGAAGAUUCAACUGUGCUUGAAGUUCUACAGAAACAUUUCAAUGUCAACAAAAACUUGCAGUCAUUACAUAUGCUAUUGAUGCUUGCUUUAAGUCGAGUAACCGUAUCACAUCCAUUUAUGACUUCAGCAGAUCUGAUGGAGGCACAGCAUUUGUGUAGCCUGGAUUCUAAAGCAAAUAUUGUACAUGGUCUGUCGGUCUUGGAAAUCUGUCUCAUAAUUGCAAUGAAACAUUUAAAUGACAUAUAUGAAGAAGAACCCUUUAAUUUUCAAAUGGUGUAUAAUGAAUUUCAGAAAUUCAUUCAAAGAAAGGCCCAUUCUGUUUAUAACUUUGAGAAACCUGUGGUCAUGAAGGCAUUUGAGCACUUACAACAAUUGGAAUUAAUAAAACCCAUGGAAAGAACUUCAGUAAAUUCUCAGAGAGAAUACCAGCUAGUGAAACUACUUUUGGAUAAUACUCAAAUUAUGAAUGCUCUACAGAAAUACUCCAACUGCCCUACAGAUGUUAGGCAGUGGGCAACAUCUUCACUAAGCUGGCUAUGAAGAUUUUAAUUACAUUUCUGUGAAGACCUAAAAGUACUGCUCUUUAAUAAGAUAUGCUACUACAUUGCUUUGUUUAUAAAUAUUGUUUAUGGGAAACUUGCUCUUAGUAUCUUGGCUGUGUUUUGAAUAAUGACCAUGCAUGGACACAGUUUUAUUAAUUUAAAUUACACCACAAAAGUAGCAGUUCAAAAGAAUAAAUUGUGCUUAUUUUAUGGGUGGUCCAGAAGAUGAUUUGAUACUCUUGUAAAGUGUAUGUGGUCCAUUGGAAAGGUUAACUUCAACUAAGCACUUAGUUUACAGAUCAUAAUCUUAAGCAGUCUGGAGAAAUAGGAACAGAAAAUACAUGAGGAAUGUUGGGGUUGGGCUGGUUUUCCUGAGUUGGUUCCUAUAGGAUCCUCCAGAUCUCCAGCGUUCUAGUUCAGUAGACUAGCCCACUUGGGCUGAAGGGCUUGUGUGGAAAGAGUCCAAACAAUUCAGCAUUUUCUUCUCUGCUUAUCACAAUUGUAGGAAGCUUUUUUUUAAUGUACAUUCUGGGUAUACUUUAUUUCAGAAGGGACCAAAAUUGCCAUCUAACAGGUACCUUAAAGGAUUUCUGGGCAGCUGCUUCCACAAAUACAAUAUUAGCUGUUAGCUUCAAAAAACGGAAUUCUCUAAGAACAUGGUAUGUUGGUCCGAGUCCACCUCCUAAAUUCAUAGACAUAAAUAAAACUAGCAGGUUAAAAUGGUACUUAAUCUCGGUGAGUUCCUUUUUUUCAAGAAUAUUUGAUUGUAUAUUUAGUUAUAGUAAGAUUUUAUAGAAUACAUAUACCCUCUAUGUGCAAUUUGUAAGGUAUCUGCAGAAUUAAAUGCUAUUAUUUACAGAUUAGAAAUCUCACCAUUGUCAGGGUCCAGGAUCACAGUAUGGGAAUGACUGGUAUGACCUUGAAUGCAACUUGGUUAAGUAACAUUCAAGCCAGUGUUGUUAAAAACUAAAGCUUAACAACACUUUUUUUUUUUUUUACUAUUUUUACAGGAUACUGUAGGAAAUAAUUUGACUUUUAAGAAAUCUUAAAUACAAAUUUUCUGUGCAUUAAUGUAGUACCUCACAGUUAAAACCUACUUUCUUCAUACACAGCCUUUGCCUUUCUUAUAGUAAACAUGUUUAGCUUUCUAUGUCUUUUUUUAAUAAUCAAGAUAAAAAUGAAUCCAUAGACAUAUAUGUCCAAUUUUUAAACACUUUCACCUUAUAAGCUGUUCAAACUACAUUAUUAGAUAAUUCUAAAAUGAGAAAACUUAGAUACUAAAAAACAAAUCAUAAGAAUGUUUGUCAUGGAAGUGUCUGUCUAUAAACAUACAAUUCCACAACUUAAGCAAGAAAGGUGGAUACUUUUAGGAGCCUAAAUAAACAUUUCCAAACUAGCCUGAGUUAUCUCAGUAACAAGAAGGGGUGGGGAGAGGUUGGAAUGAUUGUGAACAGAAUGUCUGACUUGAAAAUUUCUGUGCAAUGAAGAGAAUUUAAAAUCUCUGCUCAAGACCCCUGGGCCAAGAGAUGGAAGAACAAACAAAAGAAUUUUCCAUGUAGUCUUUCUCCAUGUGGCCUACUGAAGCUUGUUUAAAAGGCACCUGAUUUUACACAGACACAUGUCUGAAAAAUUAUUAAAAUCUAUUGUUCAAACUUCCAUAUGGUAAUGUCUUAUAAUGUAAGGACAUAGUAUCCACUGACAAGAGUUAGACAUCUUAGGCUGUGCAAUGGAAAACGGUGUCUUUGUAUCAGUGAAUGCACUUCCUACCAUGGUGUGCCUUUUGAUUUGAGUAAAAUGACAGUGCAGGUUCUUGUUACCUUCACUGUUAACCUGAGAGCACAGAAUCUGAUGAAUCUGUGACUUUAAGAAUAAGCCUAUGGUAAUGGGCAAGAAGGACCAACAUAGUCAGAUAACAGAAGAAGGAAAAUUCCCUUAUUUACAAACCUCCCUGAUUUUAUGACCCUUGAAAAUCUCAAGACGGAAGCCUCACUGUAAAUUGGAAAGCUCUCAUUACCCUCUUUAACAACAUAAAUACUAAAGAAAAACUGCAUGUGCAAAUAAUACCAUAUUCAUUUUUUAUUUAACAUGGGGAUGGAAUGGGGAUAGCAUACAUUUUAUUUGUACAAUAUUUAACAAUCACUUAUUCAAGGUGGGAUUUUAUGGGGAUUUUUUUUCAUUUUUAGCUUUCUGUUAAAUACUUGCAGAAAAAAAAAUAGCAAGUACAAUAUGACAGUAGUACAACAACCUGUGCCCAAAACACUGACAAGAAAUACAGAGUAAAGCUAAAAUAAUUGUUUACCAAGAUUUUGAGAGGUAACAAAUAGGGAGAUACGGGUUGAGACUGCAUAAAAAACGUACUGCUGGUUGAAUAUCUGAGGUAAAUGAUGUUUAAUCAAGAUGCUACUUGUAUCUUUGUCCAUAAAUUGUAAAUAAUUUUAUGCACAUUAUACCAAAUCUUCCUAAAAAGUAAUUUUUGAAAAAAGUAAAAAAGAGAAACUGGAAAAUAUCUGAUGAAGCAUUUUUUUAAAAAACAGUAAUCAGUCUAUUCCACUAAACUACCAUCUAUCUGGUGAGGGUUUUUUUCCCCAACCAUUUGAAUUUUACUUAAAUGUGACUUAAUUAUUAAGGAUAAGAAAAAGGGUCAGAGCGAUGUUUUCAUAAUUUUGUGAUACAUGAUUUUUUUUAAGUCCAAAGGUAUUUGUUUGUUUUUCCUGGUUGUAUUUUUAGAAUAUCACCAUGAAAGAUAGUGCAAGUUCAUGGGACCAAUAAUUGUGAGGCACAGUCUCUGUUCUGGAAUUCACAAGGUACCUGUAAUAAAACAUCCAAACAAGAGUCACAAAUCACAUGCUAAAACUCCUAGCAUCUAAAAUACAUACAAGAUCUGUGCAGGGCAUAGAUAGACUUCAAAUAAAUUCAAACACUGGUUACUCCAUCAGUCCUAUGGCAGUUGAUCAUAAAGCAUUUCUCACAUGGGAGAUUUGGGCAAGGUAGAGUAAGAGCAGCAGUUCUGGUGGGUAUCAGAAAGGCAAAGUACAAGACAUCAUGAGCACCAUACACAUGAAGAUAUACAGGGGUCCAAAUUUGCCAUCUCCCUAAAAAUAAAUCAUUUUCAUUCUUUGAUCUUUCUUUUUCAGUAUCCUAACUCAAAUCUUUUUAUCUGCCCACUCUGCACUUACUGUAAACCAAACACUAAAAUGCCCUGCAAAAGAAAGUUUUAACAAGACUAGGUAUAAGGACAGGUAGUCACUGGAACAUUCUUAAUCUUACUGCUUAUAAAAAAGGCUUUCUGUUAAUGUAGUUCUUGAGAGAAUACACGUUUUAAAAUUGAUAAGCUAGAUUUACAUACAAUACCCAAGAUUUCUUUUAAAAAAAAUUUCUAGUAUGAAGACAAAGCAUUUUAUAUCAUGAACCAGUCUUGGUAAAAUUUAUCUGUAGUGCUUUCUUAAGCCAAAUGGUCAUAAUCUCUCUCAUUUAAUCAGUUUUUAAAGGAGGCUGAAUGUUUACAACCAGUAGCAGUUUGCUUAUAGAGGUGAACAAUUAAUUUCCUUGUAUGCGUAUUUUCUUGUGGUCUUCCUUGAUUAGUUUACAAAUGGAAGCAAACCUAAAUCAAGAGUUUGAGGGGCCAAAUAUGUAUAAA